ACUCCCAAACAAAAAUAAGCCUUCAAAACUCAACAACCACCGCCACAACACAAGAAAUUCUCUUCCCACACCCCAAUCUCCAAAACCCAGUUUUCCAUGGCCAUGGCGACUCAAGCCACCACCACUCUCUUCACCCCGACCCUCUCCGCCCCGAAAGCCGGCGACCGCGGCGUUGCUGUCACAUGGAAACAAUCCCUCACCUCCUCCUUCACCACCCCAAAACCCUUCAAGCUCUCCCGACCAAGCAGCGGCAGCAGCACCAUCGUCCGCGCCGCCGCAGAGGAGGCGACUAAGGCCCCUACGAAGGAGGCCCCCGUCGGGUUCACCCCGCCGGAGCUCGACCCCAACACGCCCUCCCCGAUCUUCGGGGGCAGCACGGGCGGGCUGCUGAGGAAGGCGCAGGUGGAGGAGUUCUACGUCAUAACAUGGGACUCCCCGAAGGAGCAGAUCUUCGAGAUGGUGACGGGCGGCGCCGCCAUCAUGCGGCAGGGCCCGAACCUGCUGAAGCUGGCCAGGAAGGAGCAGUGCUUGGCGCUCGGGACCAGGCUUAGGUCAAAGUACAAGAUCAAGUACCAGUUCUACAGGGUUUUCCCUAAUGGUGAGGUUCAAUACUUGCACCCCAAGGAUGGUGUUUAUCCUGAGAAGGUCAACCCUGGGCGCCAAGGGGUUGGGCAGAACUUUAGGUCCAUUGGGAAGAAUGUUAGCCCCAUUGAGGUCAAGUUCACUGGGAAGCAACCUUAUGAUUUGUAAGAAUAUAAUAUAAUGUUUGAUCAGGGCUCUUGUUAAUUUUGUGGUUGUAAUGUAUUUAUAUGAUCAUGACCAUCUUCAUGGACUACGUUAAAAUUUUAAAAUUGUUUUACCCUUUUGCUUGUAAUUUCUCUUUUGCAUAUCUGAAAACAUGAUGCAUCCGUGUA